AUGGUUGACAAUUCAGUGAAAAGAAACUCUGCGGAAGAUCGAUUGGGAUCAGCUGUUUUCUCCGCGAAAGACAACGACAGUAUGCACAAAUCAUUAAAUGGUGAGUUUAUUCUCUAUCGAUUACUGAUAGAGCAGAUUCUGAAAGGCAGUCUGGACAAUAAACAAUCAUUGCUGAAGUAUUUUCACCCAGAUGAAAAAAAGGAUAAAAGUUUAUUAAAAGAAUUCGAUAAAACUUAUCAGCCAAGUCAAGCGAUAUUUUGGUACACAAAGGAAUCGCCUGUAUACAAAAAUCUCAACAAAGCGCUGCGAACGCAAAAUACCGAUGACGUUACACCAUUCGCAUCAUUUAUCAAGGAUUUGAACGUUCAACUUGGCGAAGAACAUCAAUUAUUUGUGAGAAAACAACAGGAAAAAAGUGCACAAUUUCAAGUUUAUCGUGGUCAGUUCAUCAGUAAAGAUGAAAUAACACGUUUGCAAGCAAGUCCAGGAGAUCUUAUCUCAAUGAAUUCAUUCUUGUCUACAAGCACAAAUCGAAAGAAAGCAUUUGAAUUUGCCACAAGUCGUCCUCCACCUACAGACGACCUAACAUCGGUUUUAUUGCAAAUGAAUAUUGAUAUUUUCACCCAGUCGAAGCCUUUCGCUGACAUUCGACGUUUAAGUGCGUUUCCAGAAGAAGAGGAAAUACUAUUUGCUGUUGGUAGUGUUUUUCGGAUCGAAAAGGUUUCUUUUGAUGAGGAGCAUCAACUUUGGAUGGCAGAGUUUACUCUAUGCGCCGAGAACAAUGCCGAAACGGAAAAAGUUUCGAAGACUUUAGAAAAGGAAUUGGAAGGGAAUAAUCAUCUCGUUGCAAUGGGAACUUAUUUCAUCCAUAUGCAAAAGUAUGAUCAAGCUCAAGGGUAUCUCGAAACCCUUCUGCAAAACAAAAGCAUUCAAGAUCCACUAGAUUUUGCCUACUGUUAUCAAAUUCUUGGCAAAGUGCAAGAAAAGAAAGGAAACUACGUGAGUUCGAUCGAGAAUUUCAACAAAUCGUUGGACUAUUUAUUAGGUUGGCCAGAAAGUUUUUGCGUUUUUUCUUAA